GUGAGAAGAUACAAUUUUCGGAGAGGUUUUUAGGGGCUGGAAGUAUGAAGUUACUGGCUUUUUCUGUUGCCGUGACAAUCAUCACACGGUGCUAUGGUUACACAACUUUGGAACAUCUCAGUAAAGGACACAAUCAAUUUGCUUUGGACAUUUUUAACGAAAUACAUGAUUUGGAAAAGAAUGUUAUAUUUGGUCCGAUGAGUAUCAGCUCGGCAAUGGCAAUGACUGCCUUGGGAGCUAGUAAGAUGGCUGAACAAGAGAUUAUCGAUGCCUUCAAGCUGAACGCAAUAGAAGACAAAUUCCCAGAGGAUCAAGCUGACGUACUUCAAUCUGAUGAAGCACUUCAUAAUGCAUUCAAGAAUUUAUCUGCAAUUUUGUACAAAGACUCUGACGUAUGCGAUCUUCACUCGGCCAAUGGUCUAUUCAUCGAGAAAACAUAUCCAUUCAUUGAGAAUUUCCUAACAGCUGUUGCAUCGCACUAUGACGCAGAGCUAGACCAAGUGGACUUCGCGAGUGCUUAUGAAGACAUACGACUCAAAAUCAACCAAUGGGUCAUGAGUAAAACAAAUGAUAAGAUCCCGGAUUUGAUACCACAAGGAGCAGUAAGUCCUUCAACAGCAUUGGUUAUUGUAAAUGCUCUAUAUUUUAAGGGACUUUGGAUGACACCAUUUCAAUCUGAGAAGACAUCAGAUAUGAGAUUCUACUCAACAAGCGAUACCUCUAAAUGCGCUCGAAUGAUGCAUACAACAUCAACAGCAUUCGGUUAUUCUGAUGAACUAUUCGAUAGUAAGGUUCUUAGACUUCCUUAUGCUUGCCAGGAUGCAGACCGCAAGCUGAGCAUGUACGUAAUUCUCCCAAAUAAGGUAGAUGGUCUGAAAGGCUUGGAAGAUGAGAUAGAAACAGACCCUAAUAACUUGGAGAGCCUCCUGUCUUCUGCUUCAAGCAGAGGUUCAAGUAAUCAUGAAGUAAAGGUCUGGUUACCAAAAUUCACAUUUACAUCUGACUUCAGUGUCAACUCAAUCCUUGGCCAGCUAGGUAUCAAGUCUAUAUUCCAAGAAGGUGGCCUGACUGGCAUGUCUAAUGACCCUAAACUAGUAGUCAGUGAGGUCAUCCAUAAAGCUUUCGUAGAAGUCAAUGAAGAAGGUACAGAGGCUGCUGCAGCUACAGGGACCAUCUUCAGAACAACAUCCAUUAAACUUAAACAACCCAAGAUAUUCAGGGCAGACCACCCCUUCCUGUUUGUCAUACGAGAAGACAUAACUGGUGCUAUACUGUUCAUGGGGCAUGUUGUUGAGCCAAACAAAUGUGAAGAUAAUGCCGCAACAGGUAACACUCUACUAGAGGACGCUGUGCAAGAGAACACAAUUGGUGAUCAACUUGCAGGGAGUGUAGAAAAGGAUAUUCCAGAAAAUGCUGUUGUUCCUGAUGAGAGGACGAUUGGUGAUAUGAGACUUUUUAAAUUUGGAAACCCAU